AUGGGCGUAUUCAGGAAGCACACAAAGUGCAUGUACAAUGGAAGGACUAAUUGCAGCAAGCACGGAAUAUUCUUUUGGAUAUGUGUCAUCAUUCUGUCUCUUUGGAAUAUGGCCACGAUUUUUAUGCUUAUGAAGAAUCGAUCUGAUACAGAUUCGACCAGCAUUGGGGUAACAACGUCUUAUAUUAGUUGGAUUAACACCUUUCCGGCCGUUAGCAUAUGCUUGUCGAAGAACAGAAUUACAAAAGAGUUUUCGGAGACAGUGAAACGUAGCUCUGCUGACGGACAUUCUCCUUCCUAUACGUACAUAAGAACUUUGUAUGAUUACCUCUUUAUAAAUCCGAAUAACCUGUAUUUGAAAGAAGAAUAUUGCAAGGACUUCAAUUCGACUUGUGGAGUGGAUAUAGUAGCCAUGAGAAAAGCAUUGUUUGCCAGCUCGUGUACAGAAUUUAUGGAAAAAAUUUACUUCUCUGAAAAACUUCUGCCCAACUGUGAGGAAAUAUUCAAGUUUCACGAACUAGAAAUGGGAUACUGCUUUCUAGCCAACAACUUAAUUGAUUAUCAAAGUAUCGAUAAAAUGCCAUUGGUGUAUUCCUCAUUGGACGAAUUCCGUAAUCUGAGAUUAGUUCUGCGAAAUGGCCUCAUAUACCGAUACGAUCUAUACAUUCACAGCCCGGAAAACCAGCCGUACUUUAAUGCUUUAGCCUAUACGAUUACAUCGGAUCCAUCAGUGCACAGCUUCAAUGUGGAAGGGAUAGAGAACAACCAUGAUGUUAUUGAGGAACCAGUCUCUCAGCGAAUGUGCAAAUUCGAUACGGAGACCAGUGACAAUGAUGUGUUAUACAGCUUUUCCACAUGCAUGUCCAAAAUUCGAAGUGAAAUUGAAAUGAAUCUCUGCAAUUGCACUUUAUUUAACCACAGUAAAAACAGUAUUGAUUGCAGUGUAAAAUUGUACAAAAUUCUUUCAGGAAAUCUAGCAGCAAGGGUAAUUAGCCGUGUGAGCUCUAAUAUGGCAUGUCUGCCAUCCUGCAUGGAGCAGCAGAUAAGCUACGUUGGGUCUCGCGAGAAAAAUCAUAACGACUACGGCGACUCAAACAUGGUCGAAAUCGAAAUAACAUCACCACCAACAGCCAAAUAUUUCCGAACAGUCACUCAAACAAAACUGGAUUUAGUUGUUGCCAUUGGUAGUGUUAUUGGCCUUUUCAUUGGUGCAUCCUUGCUGAACAUUUUGGAAGUUAUUUCAAUUAUUUUUUCUAAGAUUAAGCACACUUUUACACGAUAAACUAUCCGUAGCGUGCUGCAAGGUGCUUGUAGCAUUU